UUUUGCAUAAGCUAACGUUGGCUAGCUCACCCGAAAGCUACUUUGAAGAAUCAUUGCUAACAUCAAUUGAGCAGCUAUAAAAUCACAGUUUUAUCAACCUGCUACAACUGGCAGAGUGCUCACAACGGCUGUCACUUCAUAACCUGGGAUUCCAACGUUGACUAUCGUCGUCAACCUAACGUCAGGUUUAUAGUUGCCGGUUAACAGGCUACAUUUAGUUAGUUGGCUAAAACGGGAUAGUGGCACCCCGGUGUAUAAUCUAACAGUUAACGUGUAUCAUUGUAACCUUAAAUUCUGCGCCUAAAGUAAUGUAAAGAAGAGGUUAUUAAUUUGGACCGACUAUCUUUAACCUAAUCAGUUUUCGGGCGUGUCCUUGUGUGUUUUGUGACAUCUGGAAAAAUAUUAUUAGGCUUGACAAACACUAACGUUAGUGUUUCCACGUACAAGAAGUUGUCAAGACCAAGGAAUAUAGAGCCGUACAUAUGUCAGUGUAAGGAUAGCUAACUAGCUAAAUCAUCAUCGCCAAAAGUUUCUGAUGUUGGGCACUUGAACUGGUGAACUGUUCCUGAAGCUGCAUUUGGAAGACAGAGCAUACAAGUGCCAAGCCGUGUGGAUUGGCAGCCACUCUGCAACAUGUCCAAGAGUAAGAGCUUGGAGACGGUCAAGGUGGUGGUCCGCUGUCGCCCAAUGAAUGAAAAAGAGCGGGCAGCCAAGUUUGAAAAGGUGGUCUCUGUUGAUGUCAAAUUGGGCCAAAUACUUGUUAGGAAUCCCAGGGAGGCUGCUGCAAAUGAACUGCCCAAAGUUUUCACUUUUGAUUCAGUCUACGACUGGAACUCCAAACAAAUUGAUUUGUAUGAUGAGACGUUCAGGCCCCUGGUAGAUUCAGUUCUACUGGGGUUCAACGGGACCAUUUUUGCCUAUGGGCAGACCGGCACAGGGAAAACAUACACUAUGGAGGGGGUGAGAAAUGAUCCAGAGAGGAGAGGGGUAAUCCCUAACUCAUUCGAGCAUGUCUUCACUCACAUUUCACGCUCCCAGAAUCAGCAGUACCUGGUGAGAGCAUCAUAUCUAGAAAUUUACCAAGAGGAGAUAAAAGACUUGCUCUCUAAAGACCAGACACGUCGUCUCGAGCUCAGAGAGAGGCCUGACACUGGUGUGUAUGUUAAAGACCUUUCGUCAUUUGUCACCAAGAGUGUGCGGGAGAUCGAACAUGUCAUGAAUGUGGGCAACCAGAAUCGAUCAGUGGGUGCCACAAACAUGAAUGAACACAGCUCCCGUUCUCACGCCAUCUUUGUCAUCACCGUCGAGUGCAGUGAGUUGGGUGUCGACGGGGAGAACCACAUCAGAGUUGGCAAACUGAACCUGGUAGAUUUAGCUGGAAGUGAAAGGCAGACCAAGACUGGUGCUCAAGGGGAGAGACUCAAAGAAGCCACGAAGAUCAACCUGUCACUUUCAGCUCUAGGGAAUGUCAUAUCAUCUCUGGUGGAUGGCAGGAGCAGCCACAUUCCCUACCGAGAUUCGAAACUCACCCGUCUGCUCCAGGACUCUCUGGGGGGCAAUGCCCGCACAGUCAUGGUUGCCAACAUUGGCCCUGCAUCCUACAAUUUGGAGGAGACAUUGACAACGCUGCGCUAUUCCAACAGGGCUAAGAACAUCAAGAAUAAACCACGUAUCAAUGAGGACCCCAAGGAUGCUCUGCUCAGGGAGUUUCAGGAGGAGAUCGCAAGGCUGAAGGAACAGCUGCAAAAGCGCUCCGGAAAGAAGAAAAGGAGAAGGAGGAGGAGGGCCGGGGAAGGCAGCGAUGGUGAGGAUCUGGAGGAAGGAGAGACAGAGGACGAUGAUGAAGAAGGGGACGACAAAGGGGAUUACUGGCGGGAGCAGCAGGAGAAGUUGGAGAGAGAGAGAAAGGCUAUCAUGGAGGAUCAUAGUCUGGUGGCUGAGGACAAAGUUCGCCUCCUUAAAGAGAAAGAGAAGAAAAUGGAAGAUUUGAAGAGGGAGAGAGACGCCGGAGAGAUGCUUACAGCCAAAGUGAAGGCAAUGGAGAGUAAACUCCUAGUAGGGGGGAAGAACAUUGUGGAUCACACCAAUGAGCAACAGAAAAUGCUGGAGCUGAAGAGGCAGGAAAUAACUGAACAGAAACGGCGAGAGCGAGAGAUGCAGCAGCAGAUGGAGAGUCGUGACGAAGAGACUCUGGAGCUGAAGGAGACCUACAGUUCUCUGCAGCAGGAGGUUGACAUCAAAACCAAGAAGCUGAAAAAGCUGUUUGCCAAGCUGCAGGCAGUGAAGGCAGAAAUCCAAGACAUCCAGGAGGCGCACAUCAACGAGCGCCAGGAGCUGGAACAGACCCAGAACGAGCUCACCAGAGACCUCAAACUCAAGCAUCUGAUCAUCGAGAACUUCAUUCCUUUAGAGGAGAAGAACAAAAUAGUCCACAGGGCUUACUUUGAUGAGGAGGAUGAAUACUGGAAAACAAAGCCCAUCACACGUUUAGAGGAUGACCAUCAGAUGAUGACCAGGCCUUUGUCUGCAGUUGGCUACAGCAGGCCUCUCAGUCACCAUGCUCGCAUGUCCAUGAUGAUGAGACCGGACAUGAGAUACAAAGCUGAAAACAUCAUGAUGCUGGACAUGGACCUGCCCGCUCGGACCACUAAAGAGUAUCAGGAGCCGGUUAUCGCCCCAAAGGUGGCGGCAGCUCUGGAGAACGCUCUGAGGGAUGAGGAUGAGAUCCAGGUGGAUGCGUCGGGCUUUCACAGCAGCUUGGGAUCAACCCCACCCGCCAGCGGCAGCCUCAAGAAACCAAAGUCUGGUCGACCCAGAACAGGCAAGAAGUCGAGCACCCCGACCUCUCCUUUCAGCCCCUCCAGUCCAGGAUCCCCACUUUACCCACAAUCCCGCGGCCUGGUGCCCAAGUGACAGCUUAUACCACCACCAACCUCUCUGGUGCACCUUUUGGGAUUCAAGUCUGAGGGAAUGGGUUUGACAGAAUAUUGGAUUCUGCAAACGACGGAACACUUUUAAGACUAAUGCUGCUUUGUAGGUUUUAACUGUAACCGCACCACUAUUACCUGUUGUCACCUCGGAGAUCUGAAACUCCUCCUCCUGAGAGUGAGCAGGACAGCAAACAUGCAUGACGCCUCGCAUCACUCUACACUGCUGUUACCUUUCACUACGUAUGGCUUAAUGCCACCGAUGUCUUAUAUAUAUAUGUCACUGUGUGUGUGUGUGUGUGUGUGUGUGUGUGUGUGUGUGUGUGUGUGUGUGUGUGUGUGUGUGUGUGUGUGUGUGUGUGUGUGUGUGUGUGUGUGUGUGUGAGAAAUUCUUCAACAUUUUGGGAAAAAGCUUAUUUGCAGAGAGACUAUCAAUAACUUUGCUAAAUACGAAGCCAGAGGCAAUUGUUUUUUGUUUUUUUUGCAGUCUCUGUCAACUCCCUAAAAACCACAACAUAUCGUUUUUCACAUUUCUGUUUAUUGGAUGAAAGGUGUUAUUUAUUAAUGUGUAGGACAAAGUUAACAGCUAGCCCUGGCUGCCAGUCUUUAUGCUAAGCUAAUCACAAAUAAGCAUAUUUCCUAAAAUGUCAAACUGUUCCUUUAACUCUGUAUGAUUGUAACUGCACAGGCCAGAAAGUGACGCAAACUGCAGACGUGUUCUGUCACAACUUGCUGUAAUCAGUAGGUGCUGUUCUUCCCGGGCACACAAGAUGGAGGUGGGGAACGAUGGGGGAGAGCGCGACACACUCGCACUCCCACUGUGGACACUUUAUAAGUUGCAGUUGGCCACCAGACAUCCCAGCAAAUCAAUGCCAACCACACAGCCUGGGUCACUUCAAAGUUACUGUCCUGGAUUUCCUCAGAUUCAUCAGGGUUCCAAGGUGCCUUAACCUGUGUCCUUAAUCUCUGAUCCUUUUUAUUUGAAGUGUGCACACACACAUUCUUCCCGGUCUGUUUUUUUUUUCUCCCAUCUAUUUCAUUCCAGUGUCAGGAUUGUUGUUCGCUUGGUCCUGACAUUCCUGUCAGUAUGGGGUGCACUCAUUAUAUGGAGAGGCAGAGCAUUUCUGGACACAGCAUUCAGCCACCCCCAGGGUUUCUGGGUAAGGGCCACAGGAAAGUGAAGGCACACAGAGGGAGAAUACUUCCCCCCUCUGUCGGUUUGUUUUUACCUCAUUUACCUUUGGUAUUGGUCUGAGUGGUCUAGCAGAACACUAAACCCCCUGAGGAGUGCUGAGCACAGUACUAUGGUGGAAACACUUGUAUGCCCACAGAUGAAUAAUAUGCAGUUUUAACCUCCAGAGUUCAGCCUGCCUCUCUGCUGCUCUCUGGUCCCCAUUCUCUGACUGUGAGGCGUGUGCUGUCCGCUUGCUGCUACUGUGUAGGGUUUUACAACCCACUGACAUUUCAUCAGGCCUGGGUCAAAAGGCAACUGAAAUCUUCUCCAAUGCCUGUGAUGUGUGCAGGUGAUCGUAUCUGUUCAAAAUGGAGAUUAGUACAUCUAUUGCUCACCGCACGUUACCUUGAAUUCUUGAAGAAAGCUUUGUAUUUCUCGCAUGCCUCCAUGGUGAACAAAGCAUCCAAAAACGGAGAAAAGAUCUUGAUGAAUUGAAGUAAACGAGGCCGCGUUUAACUACAUCAAAACAUCUGUUUACAAACCCUCACACAACCCGUGCAGUAUAAUCCAAGUUUCAGUUUUGGAUAUAGUUUUGCUGUUGUUGAACGCAGCCUCGUUUUAAUUCAAUCAAGACUUUUCUUAAUUCUUUAUUCACUGCGGAGGAAUAUGAGAAAAACAAAAGGUUUCUACAAGAAUUCAUGGUAA